ACCGAUAUAUAUCGUGUCCUCGUGUUACAAAAUAUAUUCACACCCAUAACAGCGAACUAACAGCUACCAAAUACUCAGUAAACAUAAAAGUCACAAAAGCUGUUCUGUCCCAAUCUAACCAAUUACCAGCGAAAUCAGGUUGCACACAUAACAGCUGGUGCUGGUCUUUAUAUUGCAGCAAGGCAAAUCAGUUCUCCGCUAUUAAACGUCCACAGGUAGCCCCACCCAGCUAAUACAUAUAGUGUAGGUAUUUUUAUCAGUUUUUAUCAUCUGUGCACACAAUGAGCCACAAGGAAGAACACAGCUCAAGCCCAGAGAGAACAAACGACGACAAGGAGGCUGCUGUUGGCAAUCCACGCCAACAGCUGGAAACCUUUCGAGUCUAUGUUGUCACCUGGAAUGUAGGCAGUCGCUUUCCGGACAAUGUAUCACUGCGCCAACUGCUCAGCCUGCAUGAUGCAAGCGAUGCUGCGGUCUCUGAAGAGCACUUGCCAGACAUAUAUGCCAUUGGACUGCAGGAGGUAAAUGCCCAGCCGCAGCAACAGGUUUUAAGCUUGUUUAAGGAGGACCCGUGGACGCACAAGGCAAAGGAGCUUCUGCGCAGCUACAACUAUGUAGCUGUAAAGUCGGAGCAAAUGCAGGGCCUGCUUCUGACCAUGUUUGUUCGUCGCCCUCACGUGGAGCACCUGCAUGACAUCGAGUCGGAGUUCACGCGCACCGGCUUUGGUGGCAUUUGGGGUAACAAGGGAGCGGUUAGUGUUCGUUUCACAAUCUAUGGCUGUGGACUGGCCUUUGUGGUGGCCCACUUGGCUGCGCACGACCAUCAACUAGAUGAACGGAUCGACGACUAUAAACAAAUACUGGAGAACCAUCAUUAUCAUGUGAAACACUAUCGUGAGAUCUACGACCACGACUAUGUAUUUUGGUUUGGCGAUCUCAACUUUCGUCUGCAUGGCAACGACUCCUCGACAGAGGUCAGGGAGGCGUUGCGAGAUGAAAGCCAGCACGAAGCUCUUAUAAAGCGAGAUCAGCUGUUACAUGUUCGAGAACACACACAGCAGGCUUUCCAAGUGAUGCACGAACGAACGCCUGCAUUUCCACCCACGUUUAAGUUCAAGGAGGGAACCUCCGAGUACGAUAUGAAGCGUCGUCCCGCCUGGACGGAUCGGAUCAUGUACGCAGUACAGCCGUCAAAUCGUCAACGUGGAAUGCAUCUCGCCAUUGAACAGUGCUCGUACAAAUCCCACCCAGUCUACACCAUCAGCGACCACAAGCCGGUUACAAGUGAAUUUACAAUUAAGCUCUAUCCGAAUGUUCGAGCCCCAGGCGUGACGUUCUCCACGAUUUCGCUGUGGCGCAUUGGUGACGAGAACACCGUGGAGUACCGCAAGCAGGCGGAGUUCGAAGAAGGCCCCCAUGACUGGAUAGGCAUAUACCCAAUUGACUAUUCUAGUCUGGCGCACUAUUCUGCUUAUGAGUACGUUAACCAGGCCGAGUCGCCCACCUCAUCGGACUCUAACAACGAGCGAGACUACUUUGAUACGCCUGCCCGGCAUCGGCAUGGCCGCCACCAUCACCGGAAUCGCCAGCGUCUGCGGCGCCAACAGGAGUCUAACGGAGAGCACGUGCGCAUCGAUUUUGCCGACGAUGUGGAGCUACGGCAUGGUGAGCAGUACCUGCUCAUCUACUUUCGCAGCACAGGAUUGAGGGGUGUCACCAGCCUGUCGGGGAUCAGCAACGUGUUUGUGGCUGAGAAACGAAGCGGUUCGCCUUAUCGGACCGAGUACAAUGUUGACUAGCUAGCCGAAGAGCUGGACGUCAGUAUAAUGUAGUCAAACCUGCGUUUGUUUUCCCCAACCAACUGUAUCCAUUCUUGUGUAUAAUUGACAUUUACAUUACAAUGACCCCGAUGAUAAGAUAUGUGCAAUAUGUCUUAAUGUUCACAGAGGACUUGUACAUACUUAUAUGUUUAUAUGUACAUAUAUAUGGACAUUCUUUUAGUUAUACAUACAUACAUAUACCAUAUGUACAUAUAUUUUCAUAGAAUUAUACAAAAGUUUAACAAAUAA